AUGGUUAGACCUCCACCAUCUUUUGUACUUAAGGGACUCACAUUAGAUUCAGAUAUCAAGGAGCCAGUUUUUGAUGAUGAAGAAGAAAGCAAGCUGUCUUACACAGAAAUCUAUCAGGAGUACCAAGCUUUGGUUGAAAAAUUACUAGAAGGCUAUCUUAAAGAAGUUGGAAUUAAUGAAGAGAAAUUUCAAGAAGCUUUUUCAUCUCCUCUUGCAAAGACGCACACUUCCCAGGCUGUUUUGCAAACAGUAUUGGCAGCAGAAGAUUUCAGACUAUUUAAAGAAAUGAUGGUUCAGAAAAAUAUUGAAAUGCAAUUGCAAGCUAUUAGAAUCAUUAAAGAAAGAAAUGGUGUGUUGCCUGACUGUUUAACAGAUGGUUCUGAUGUAUUCAGUGAAAUUGAACAACAAGAAAUGAAAAUACUCAGGGAGGUUCUAAGGAAGUCUAAGGAGGAAUAUGAAAUAGAGCAGGAAAGGAAAAGGACUGAAGAGGCACAUGAUAAAUUUAAAUCGGCAGAUGUUACGUACAGUUUUCCAGGAGAUUCAAGAGAAGGUAUAAAAGUUAAGGAGUCCAUUGAGGGAGCCGAUGAUUCUGAAGGAACUCCACAAUUUUCACUAGGAGAAUCCCAGAAAUCUGUGAGGAGAGAUUUAAAAGCAGUACACCUGUUACAAAAAGGAACAGAGAGCGCGUCUCAGCCUUCUUGUACCAAAGCGAAAGAAGAUACCAAGAAAAGGGCAGCUGGAAAACAUUCAGAAAAUGCAGCACGAGAAGCUGGGAGUGAAGGACUUAAUUUAUCAGAACUCGAAGAACACCACCUGAGGCAACGAGAGGACUACUUAAAGAAAAAAAGAGAUAUGCUCUUGGCUACGAAGAAGGAGUCAAGAAAUAACGUACUGUCGGCAACAAGUACUGACCAGAAAGAUGAGGAAUUAUCUUCUAAAGAGACAAUGUCAGAAGAGAAGCAAAGAUUACUACAGAAGAGGAAAAUGCUUGCAGAAAAACUAAAAGAAGAAGUUAUUAACAAGCGGUAAUUUUAAGAAGCUUGCUCAUUGCAGAACUUAAGAACAGGAGUAGUUUCUUUUAGAAUAAAUUAUCUAACCAAUAAUUGGACGGAUUUAUUUUCAAAUAUAUUAAUUUUUUUAGAGCUUUCACACAAGCAACUCAGUUCUUGGAAUAUCUGAGAUUACAUUGAAAUACACAAAAAACAUGUACGCUUUCCAGAAUGCUGGAGACUUACUUUCACUGGAACGUACUCAAAAGCGAGGCCAUAUAACAUGACCUUAGCAUACAAAUUUUGUGACCUACUGGCCUCAGCCACGUCUUAUUAAGUAGAAUAAAAUCAGAUACUGAUUAAAAUAAUUACUAUUACAAAAUAAUUGUUAAAAUCAUUCACAUCAUAGGUAUUAUUUUGAGUUAAUUUUUUUUUUCCAAAUAUAAACUUUGUUCUUUUCCUUUUAUUAGAAUGUCAUUAUAAACAAAUUACUCUUUACAGCUGUGAAAUGCAAUAAAGUAAUUUCACAAGACAGUGAUACGAUAACCAUCUUCCUUUGAGAAACAAUGAAUGCAGCUUGAAGUCAGGAGAGAGAACAUUUACACCGUAACUCAAUAUUAUAUUAUGUACUUUUGGGGCAGUUUACCAGUGCCUUAGGCCUAAUCUUGCUAUGAGUGCAACUUUUAAAUAAAAAUAAUUGCUUUAGUUGCAAAUUAAAAACUAUAGAAAUCACAUCAGCAGUUUAAAAGUUCUGAAGUCAGUCUUUAAAAAAAAAUCUCAUUCACCACAGUUUGGUUUAGACAGAAAAUGAAGCACAGAAGAGAGUCUGUACUUUGCACCUCAUUACGCGUUUGAUUGUUAAGAGUAACUCUAAUUAAAAGAAACAACCCAACCAAUUCAAGUUUCAUGUAACUUUUUAUUAAAAUAGCAUUUAUAACUGAUACAUGUUGGCAGAUGUUCUUUUGUUUUCUAAAAAGUGGUAGUGGAAGGGCCCCAGGCAUGAGAACGCGGACUGUCCACUAGCAGAACCCAGGCAGCACCUACAAGGUCAGAUGGGGAAAGGUCUCUGGUUGCCCGAGGGAGGCGACAACCCUAGGUCUUAGCCAGUUAAGAGUGCUGCAUAUGUCACCUUCUACAGGGAUUUUAAAAAUUGAUUUAAAAAAAAAAAA